AUGGUCGCCAUCAUCCGCACCCUCCUCACCAUCGGCACUUUCGUCGCCGCCGCUGCUGCUGCCUCGGUCCCACCCGCGCCCCGCAGCUCCAAAAUCACCUUCACCGUGUACAACAAGUGCAAGCACAAGUUUGCUCCCAUCUUCUCCCCCGCCCUUCCUGGCAAAGCCUCAUGGCCUGUCCUCAAAUCCGGCAAGUCUGCUUCGUUCUCUUUUUACUCGGACGACUACCGGGGUAAGAUCUUCUCCCCUCUUCGCAAAGCCAACGUGACGACAGGCAAGGGAGCUACACAGGCUGAAGUAGAUCUCGCUUCAGGAGACUACAACCUUUCGGUAGCAAACGGAUACAAUGUGGCAAUGUACAUUCAGUUGUUGGGUAAACAGUAUCAAGGGUAUUGCACCGCCGCUUCUUGCUACAGUGCAAACUGCAAAGAUGCCUACAAGACGCCAAGUGGAUUGUUGGAGACACAGAGGACUGGAAGCGAUACCGUCAUGCCUAACCACAACUGCCCUCCCUCUUUUACCAACUGGGUCGUUCAGUUCUGCUAA